CCCGGCAGCGGGGGAGCCGGGGGCCGGUCGCGGGCCCCGCAGCGGCGGUCGCGGCGGCAGGAUGAUCAAGCUGUUCUCGCUGAAGCAGCAGAAGAAGGAGGAGGAGUCGGCGGGCGGCACCAAGGGCAGCAGCAAGAAGGCGUCGGCGGCGCAGCUGCGGAUCCAGAAAGACAUAAACGAACUGAACCUGCCCAAGACGUGCGACAUCAGUUUCUCAGACCCCGAUGACCUCCUCAACUUCAAGCUGGUUAUCUGUCCCGAUGAGGGCUUCUACAAGAGCGGGAAGUUUGUGUUCAGUUUUAAGGUGGGCCAGGGUUACCCGCAUGACCCCCCCAAGGUGAAGUGUGAGACGAUGGUCUAUCACCCCAACAUUGACCUCGAGGGCAACGUCUGCCUCAACAUUCUCAGAGAGGACUGGAAGCCGGUCCUUACGAUAAACUCCAUAAUUUAUGGCCUGCAGUAUCUCUUCUUGGAGCCCAACCCUGAAGACCCCUUGAACAAGGAGGCCGCCGAGGUCCUGCAGAACAACCGGCGCCUGUUCGAGCAGAAUGUGCAGCGCUCCAUGCGGGGAGGCUACAUCGGCUCCACCUACUUCGAGCGCUGCCUGAAAUAGGGUCGGCGCACACCCGCCCCUGCCAGGGCCACCAGCCCCGGCGUCUCCUGCGAAUAUUUAUUGGGGCCACGGGUGGGGGCGUGAGGCGGCCUGCGGUGGAAGCCCAUGCCCUGGCCUGGUCUCCUCUCCCUUCCACCCGCUCCUCCUCGUUAUUUUUUUUUAAACCACCGUGUGAUUAAGGUCGGCGCAGCCUUCCCCAACCUUCUCGGCGACGGGAAAUGAAUUGGCUUGCCUAGCGUCCAGCCCCCCAUUCCGGCCUCUGGGAUGGGGGCGAGGGCCCAGCCCCCCAGCCCUCCAUCCCUGGAGGUCCCACCAGGCUAUUAAAGGGGAAUGUUACUGCAU